AGGUUUUGAGAUCCUGAGAUAUCAGAUGAAAUAUGCCCAAAAUAGAGUUGAAUGGUAUUACUGUCGAUUUUCCAUUUCCACCCUACAAAUGUCAGGAAGAAUAUAUGUCCAAAGUGCUUGAGUGCCUGCAAAAGCAAGUGAAUGGAAUUUUGGAGAGCCCCACAGGUACAGGGAAGACAUUAUGCCUCCUGUGCUCAACCUUGGCUUGGCAAGGGCACUUCAAGGACGCCGUUUCUGCACAAAAGAUCGCACAGCGAUUAGAUGGGGCAGAGCUCUUUCCGGACCGACCCUUGUCGUCUUGGGGUAAUGCUGUCACGGGGACUGAUGUUCCAGCUUAUUACACUGAUGUCCCUAAAAUAAUUUAUGCCUCCAGAACACAUUCUCAGCUUGCUCAGGUCAUCAGUGAAUUAAGGAAUACUGUUUACAGACCCAAAGUGUGUGUGUUGGGUUCCAGAGACCAGCUUUGCAUCCACCCUGAAGUUAAAAGGCAGGAAAGCAACCAUAUGCAGAUCCACUUGUGUCGUUUGAAAGUGACAACUCGGACGUGUCAUUUCUAUAACAAUGUGGAAGAAAAAAGCACCGAGAAGGACCUGAUUAAUCCCAUCCUGGACAUUGAAGACCUUAUUAAAAAUGGAAACAAACACAGAGUUUGCCCCUAUUAUCUUUCUCGGAAUCUGAAACAGCAAGCAGACAUCAUUUUUAUGCCUUAUAACUAUUUGCUGGACUCAAAGAGUCGAAGAGCACACAGCCUGGACUUGAAGGGGACUGUAGUAAUCCUUGAUGAAGCUCACAACGUGGAGCGGCUGUGCGAAGAAUUGACAUCGUUUGAUUUGACUCCCUAUGACUUAGCUUCAGCUGUUGAUGCUGUCAAUAUAGUUUUAGAAGACCAAGCCAGAAAAGUUGAACAGAAUGAAAUGAACUCUGAAUUCAACAUGGACCAUGUCAAUGCAGGACUAAACAUGGACCUUGAAGAUAUAGCAAAAAUAAAGCGGAUUCUCCUUCAGCUAGAAAGUGCUAUUGAUGCUGUAGAGCUCCCACCAAGUGGAAGUGGACUCACGAAAGAUGGAAGCUACAUAUUUGACUUGUUUGCAAAGGCUCAAAUCACAUUCCAGACCCAGAAUUCUCUCAUUGAAGCACUGGAACAAAUUGUGCAAUAUUUAGCAGGCCGUACUGGGAUAUUCACCAACACUGCCGGAUUGCAUAAAUUUGUGGAUGUAAUUCAGACUGUUUUUAACUUCGGUCCAUCAGAAGGGACAACUGGCGUAGCAGCAGGCCACAUGGUAUCAAAAUACUAUAAGGUCCACAUCCAUCCUGAUGCAAAUAAUCAGAAAAAGAAGCAGAGGACAGACUUGUGGAACUCAUUGUCAACUAAAAAACAAGGAAAGAUCUUGAGCUACUGGUGUUUUAGCCCUGGAUACAGCAUGCAUGAGUUGGUUCGUCAAGGAGUCCGUGCAAUCAUUCUGACAAGUGGGACGCUUUCCCCAGUUUCCUCUUUUGCUAUGGAGAUGCAGAUACCGUUCCCAGUUUGUUUGGAAAACCCACAUGUUAUUGAUAAACACCAGAUCUGGGUAGGAAUAAUCCCCAAAGGGCCUGAUGGAGGUUUGCUGAGCUCCACUUACGAAAAAAGAUUUUCAGAAGAAUGUCUGUCCUCUCUUGGGAAAACAAUAGUUAACCUUGUCCGAAUAAUACCUCAUGGACUCCUGGUGUUUUUCCCUUCAUAUCCAGUCAUGGAUAAAAGCUUGGAAUAUUGGAGGGUGCACGAUUUUGUGGGGAAAAUAGAAGCAGUGAAGCCAGUGUUUGUAGAACCAAGACACAAAGGAGCAUUCACAGAGGUUAUAGAUGCCUAUUAUGAAAAGGUUGUGUGCCCUAAAUCAAAUGGUGCUAUUUUCUUGGCUGUGUGCCGGGGAAAGGCUAGUGAAGGUUUGGACUUUGCUGAUAAGAAUGGACGAGGUGUCAUCAUCACAGGUCUUCCGUUCCCCCCUCGCAUGGACCCCAGGAUCAUUUUAAAGAUGCAGUUCUUGGAUGAAAUGAGGGCAAAAGAUAUUGGCGGGCAGUACUUGUCUGGGAACACCUGGUACAAACAGCAGGCUUCUCGUGCAGUGAACCAGGCUAUUGGGAGAGUUAUCCGACAUCGGCAAGAUUAUGGUGCCAUUUUCCUCUGCGACCAUAGGUUCAUGAAUACUGAUUCAACAGCCCAGUUGCCUUCCUGGGUCCGCCCUUACAUUAAAGUUUAUGAAAAAUUUGGACACGCAGUCAGGGAUGUUUCUCAGUUCUUCCGUACUGCACAGCAGUGUAUGCCCACUCCUACUCCUCGUCUUCUCCCUUGUACCAUCGCUGCAGAAGAAAAUGAUUCUCCAUCUCCAUCUUUAGUUCCACGCAAGCAGUCCCCUACUGGGACAAAAGCCAACGUUCUGGAUGAUCAUGUUCCUAGUCUGAAAAGGAAGUGGAUGGAUAAUGGAGUGGCCAGCGUGUGCUUGGACUAUGAGCAGGGUCCAUCCUCUUCCAGAAGGCAGCCUGGUGGCCUCUUGGAUGCCCUGGAGCACAACGAUAAAAGCUGUGAUGAAAUGGCUGGGGAGAAAAGCUUGCCAGGAGAGGAAACGACAAAGCGUUUGUCAACUCUGUCCCUUCAGUAUGAAAAAAAACUCAUUGAUCAGCAGAAAGGCGGCAGGAAGAAAAUCAAGAUAGUCAGCAGUUUGCAGACCAACGAGGUACCAGAUUCCUCAGACCCCAAGAAAGCUAGAGCUGUGGUUUUUAUUGCAACAGUGAAGCGGUCUCUGAGCCAGCUAAAUUUUGAUAUAUUUUCACGAGCCCUCCAACAGUACAAAAAUUCAAAUGAUUUCAAUGCUAUGUUAUCUCAGAUGAGUGGAGUUUUCCUGAAAGACCGGAAAAACCAUGUCCUAAUGCGAGAGUUUUACCAGUUUGUUCGGCCUCAGCACAAAAAGCAGUUUGACGAAGCCUGCUGUUCCCUGACCGGCGUUGGUUGCGGCUACAAACCGGAGCACAGCCUUCUGCAAGAAGAGAGAUUGUUACUGGCUAAAAAUGCAGGACGACAGUGCGAGAAGAAAAUGAGCUUUUUGGAAGAUUCCUCCAGGCAGCUUAAUUCUGUGCAGCAUUUAAACAAAGGUGGAUCCCACCUGACUGCUGAGUUAAAUAUGAAAGGAGAAAGCUGUACCAAGGUCUCGGAUGACUCCUCCAGAAGUUCGUUCAGUACUACGAAGGAGAACAGCCACCAGAUAAAUCUGUCAGCCUAUUUAAGUGACCUCAAGAAGACUCUAGACAAAACCAGCUAUAGUCGCUUUAUUUCAGCACUCCUGGCGUACAAGAAGACAGAUAACUAUGACUCUGUAAUAUCUGUGGUGGCAGCCCUUACUACAGAAAAGCCAGAGCACUUUCAUCUUCUACAGAGAUUCUCCAUGUUUGUCCGCCCACAUCAUAAGAAACAGUUCAUACAGAUGUGCAGAGAGCUGAUGGGGGCGGCUUGCCCUGGGGAAAACAAGGAGACCUGUUCUGUUGGGCCAGAGCUUUCAUACUGCACUGUGGAAGACAGCGAAAUUCAGGAUACAGCUGCCCGACAAUGCCCAGGUGCUUCCAAGGAUGGGAGACUAGAACAGCUCCAAGAUCCAGACUCACAGGAGAUCGAGGGAGGACCCAGCAGAGUACGAGAACCCACAGAUGACGGCAGCCUGCCUAUCUCCCCAGUAGGUGGUGGCUAUCAGUGUGUUAAAUGCCGGUCUGAGCAUGGUGUGCCCUUUAAGUGCCAGCGGUGCUCCUUCACGUGUUGCAACAAAUGCUGGGAGAGUUCCUUGAAGCUUGCCAAGAAGUGCCCAGAAUGCCAAGCGGAUACCAAGAGAAGACACUUAGCCAUAUCUUACUGGCCAGAUCCCUCCGUGAAAGCGAUGUAGAGUGAACACAUUAGCUGCUUAACUGGACCCAAGGAAUGUAUGGCUUGCUGCAGCUGGUCUGUGAGGAGGAGGAACAACGAAAGUGCAAGUGGUUUUCAAUCACCUCUCUGGACCCCUCCCCACCCUUGGUGUUGCUCUUCUCUUCAAGGUUAUCAUUUUCCAGGUAUCUGAACCCUUCAAAUGCUCCUGUACUUUUCAGUAGGUCCAGAGGGCAUUUAAAUCAGAGCGUUAACACUUUAUAAUUUUUUCUAAUAAUGAUCUUUGCAGCAAGGCUGAGUACUACAAAGCCUAUUGUCUUUAUCAUGGGAAAAUUAAAAAGGACUGAUACGGACUCUGCCUGGGGCUUUCCAUUCUGUCCCUGAAGAACCACCCCUUACAUGUGUGUUUUUUUUUUUAAUUCUUUCUUUUACUUUGUUGCCCUUAUAAUAUGGAUUCAGUGAAAAGAUUCCACAGUCACCCUAGUCUGAAUUUCCACAGGAGCUUGAUAUGCCUAUGUUUUAAACAAAGGAAUAACGUAUUUGGUCACAUUUGGAUAGCCAGUAAAAACUCUGGGAUUGUCUUUAAUAAAUAUUUACCAGAACAGAGAUACCUAAAGGAAAACCUGCCUGUUGUUCUUUUUUCUUUAGAAGGCUGUGGGCAUGUCAGUUCUGUUGAAAGACCUUCUGACUAGUCCUGACUAACUCCAAGCUUCAGAAUUUACCAUUUUUCAAGACCAUUUUACUUCUCUUGCCUGUCCUCUCUUGGACCCCGAUCCAGCAUUCCCAGCCUAAGAGAGAGAGGGAGCCUACCUCGGUUUCUGUUUCUACACCCAGAAACAACCGUUUCGAGGUCAUGAAUGAGUAUUUCUUUUUUAUAUAGUAAAUUAAAGCUUAAGAAAUGGUGUCCAUUUUCAGAAGUGUGAAUAAUCUGCGGUAUU